UGCGAUAUCAAACUUUUUCGUGAGUACGGUCAAUGUCCACUUGUGGUUAGUCCGUGAGAAGUACAGAGGCGCCUCAACUAGGGGUUUCAUUUGAAUUAGUAUUCAAUAUUGGUGACCUUAAAAAUUGAUCGGUCACUGAACUUUUUAAGCGAAAUCAAAAUUAGACCCGUUCUUUACGAGUCAUACGAGUACUACCCUUAACAGAAUUACACUGCAAUAUAUUUAUCCUAUCUGACCACUUCUAUUUCACUUCAAUAUAUACAUAUGUACAUAUAGUAUAUUCUGUGGUAAUAGGGGUUGAAUUGACAAACUGACCAAAGGUACAGGUGUAUUGGGCAAUAGAGCUGCAGUGUAAGUCUUGCUGCUUUCCCGAAACGGAAGGUUAAGCGACAAUAAGUUUUAUUUGUUAAAUUCUACAAUUCAUACAAACAAAAUUACCGACAAAUCAAAAAAUAAAGCAAGCAAAAAAAAAAAACUAAAGACAAAGAGUAAAUACAAUACAAAAACAAGCAAAGUGUUUAAUAUAAUUAUAAAUAAACUUUAAUCGGAAAUCAAAAGUGACAUAAGGUUGCAUUUGCAAUGCUUGGUGUGGAUUGACUAUUGAUGGUGAAAAGUUAAAUAAAAUGAUCUCGUCCACAAAGAAUGUACAAGGCGGAGGAGAAAUGGGAUAUAAGUACUUAAUUGGAUCGCCGCCUGACGUUGAUGAAUCUGAUGAAGAACGCGAAUUGACUAAUCUAAAUUGGCUUUUGAGAAAUCAGAAUGUAACGUGGCCAGAAAUCAUCGACGGAAAUUCAAACGACAACAUAAAUGCAAACGGUUUAUCACCUUCAAGCAAGCGGAGGAUGGUAGGAGAAAGUAAAAUUGCAAAUAUCAACCUUUGUGCAAAUCAAAACCUAAAUAUUCAUAAAGAAAAUCAAGUUUUUACUUCAAAUUCAAAUGUUAUUAGAUGCUCUCAUACAAGAAAACAAAAUUCACCAACAGUAGCAUCUUUAAAACGUCUCAGUCCCGCAGAGCGUUUUGAAAUUUUUAUAAAUAAAAUCAAACGUGAUUUGGCGGAAUAUGAAAAAUCAGCAAUUAAGUAUACGACGGAUGUAACAGAGAAGCCGCCAUUCAAUUACUCACAUAUUAUUGGGAUGGCUAUGCUUGACUAUGGACGAGCCACUCUGCAGCAAAUAUGCGCAUGGAUUGAAUCAAAGUUUGCCUUCUUCCGCGUGCGUAAAAAGUGGAAUAAUUCCAUAAGGCAUAACUUAUCAUUACAUCACUGUUUUCGAAAUCGAAAGCGCGAGGAGAAAGGCAAAGGCGGAUACUGGGAGUUAGGCGUAGAUCCAAAAAAAUGUGAUAGGAAACGCAUUCGAAAUCGUAAAACAGGACAAUCCAAACCGAUGUCAUCUUUACAAUUAGCUAAAAAUAAUAGUCCUCAGAAAACUCAGACUAACGUCAAGUGUACUAAAAAAGGAGGGGAAUCUAUUCAAAUGUGCCUUCCAAAUGAAACGCAGCAUGCGCAAUCAUAUAGUUAUAUCGCUGCUGAUAACAUUAAAGAAUUAAAUUUAGUGGACAAACAAGCAACUGUUUCAGACGGCUCAAAUGCUCUUGAACUAUCAUUUCCAUUUACUGCCCGUCAGAAUAUUUAUAGACCUCUAUGCUCUAACGAAUCUCCCAUGUCGAUUAAUGCCGAUGAGCUACAAGAUCAAUAUGAGCGCGGAACCAUUAUAAUUCGAACAUCUGGCGACACUUUAUGUCUAAAUGACAUUUUUAUCAACAAAUUCAAUAACAUAAAUAUGAUUUAUUCUCAAGAUGAGAUUCCAACGCUCAGUGAAAAUGUUAUUAUAUCAUCACAAAUGUCAGCUGUACUGGAUGUAAACAAAGAUUCGACGAUAACUCCUGCGAUUUCUCUCCCCGAGAUUUCUAAUGCACUGCCCACUAAUUGUGAUUAUUCAAGCUUUCGGUCUUAUAUAAAUGGCGAGGAUGACUCUUUUAAUUAUAUUCAUUCCACUGAGCUGAAUCGCAACGAGGAUAUCUUAAGUAAUUUGCUUGACUUGUGUGUUCGCGACUUUUGAAGUGGUAGUCAUAAAUGUAAACUUUACUAUUAUAUACUUAAAUUAAAGUCUGGAUGAUUUUUUAGACCGCUUUACAUGUAAACUGUAUAUGUUAAUCAAAAUACGAGAAUAAAUCAUUUCUAACUUCGACAGAUGAGACACCAUUUAAUUCAUGUUCAACUUUUAUAUUUAUAUUUAUAUUUUACCUACCCAAUUGCC